UAAUUAUUUUAUUAAUUAGUAGGAAGAGGCUCAGUGCUGUUCAUGUUAAAACAUUAAAAAUGUCAGAAGACGUCCUCUGCCUCAAAUACAGUCCUAAUGAUAAGUUCCUUGCUUUGUCGUUACUGGAUUCAACUGUGAAGCUGUUUUUUGCUGAUACACUAAAAUUUUAUCUCUCCUUAUAUGGUCAUAAACUACCUGUACUUGGAAUGGACAUAUCAAGUGACAGUAGUCUAUUAGUGACUGGUUCUGCUGAUAAGAAUAUUCGUAUUUGGGGAACUGAUUUUGGUGACUGCCAUAAGUCAAUAUUUGGGCACACUGACAGUAUCAUGGACGUGAAGUUUGUUCCUGGUACUCACUUGUGUUUCUCCAUCAGUAAGGACAGGACACUGAAACAAUGGGACUGUGAUAACUUUGAACUGAUACAAACGCUUAAAGGCCAUCAGUCUGAGAUAUGGUCACUAGUUGUAUCAAAUGAUGGAAACACUGCAGUGACUGGGUCUCAUGAUCUCUCCAUUAGGACGUGGUGCUGCACUCAAGAGCCACUGGUACUGUCAGAAGAAAAGGAAAAUGAAAGAGAAAUGGAGUUUGAGAAGUCACUAACAGAAGGAGGAUCAGAACCAGUGGUGCCGGGGGAGAAGGGAAAAGGAGAAGUGGAACUGGCGGGUAGGAAGACAGCAGGGACUAUUGGAUCAGCGGAGCGACUGAUGGAAGGGCUGGAAUUAUGGAGAGAAGAAGAACUGAAAAUGAAAGAAUAUAAUGAAGAAUGUAAUAUAACUGGAACCAAAUUGGCUCCUCCUCCUCCAAACCCAAUUUUAAAAGUUCUUGGGAACCAAAUGCCUGAUGAAUAUGUUCUUAAUAUUUUAAAGCAAAUACGUUCAAGCGACCUUGAGGGGUCCCUCCUGUUGCUGCCAUUCAAUGAAGUUAUUGAUUUACUUAAAGUGAGUGUGAUCUGGUCUCAGAAGCAACUGGAGGUGGAGCUGGUGGGACGAACUGUUCUCUUCCUUUUAAGGUAAU